GACGCACCUGGGCUUCGCCGGGCGCGCCACUUCCGCACCCGAUAUCAACAACUAUGGCGAAGACGUACGACUAUUUGUUUAAACUGCUAUUAAUUGGAGACUCCGGGGUCGGAAAGACAUGCGUCCUUUUCAGGUUUUCCGAAGACGCCUUCAAUUCUACGUUCAUAUCAACCAUAGGCAUAGAUUUCAAGAUAAGGACAAUAGAGCUCGAAGGCAAGAAGAUCAAGUUGCAGAUAUGGGAUACAGCCGGUCAGGAGCGCUUCCGAACAAUCACGACAGCCUACUACAGAGGAGCCAUGGGAAUAAUGCUCGUCUAUGACAUCACCAAUGAGAAGUCCUUUGAAAAUAUCAAGAACUGGAUUAGGAACAUCGAGGAGCAUGCGACAUCUGACGUUGAGAAGAUGGUUCUCGGCAAUAAAUGCGACAUCAAUGACAAGCGACAAGUUUCCAAAGACAGGGGUGAGAAGCUUGCUUUAGAGUAUGGCAUCAAGUUCAUUGAGACAAGCGCAAAGGCCAACAUCAACGUGGAGAGCGCCUUUAUGACUCUUGCCAGGGACAUCAAAUCCAAAAUGGACACCAAAAUGGAGGGGAACACACCCCAGGGGGGCAGCCAAGGAGUGAAGAUUCUGGAGACACGGAAAAAAAGCAGCUUCUUCCACUGCAGCCUCCUUUGAGGACCACCGAGGCCUUUUUAUUUUGCAAAGAACCCGCUCGAGCCCAAAUAAGACUUUUGCUUGCUUGGGAACAUUUCCCUUCAUUUUCCUCUUCUCCAUAGCAGUCCGCAUAAAAACUGCCGCUUGUGAGCGCUUCCAGCUGGACAAUCGUCAUUUACAGGAAUCUCCGAGGAUCGGAGGAGGACAACAACAAGACGUUGCACAAAUAACUGGCUUGUACUCAAGUUGUUCAUUUUUGUUUAUUUUGUUUGUCAUACUUCUUUUGGUCGCCAGAUGGGGGUGUUAUUUCAGUGUUUUUUUUUUUAUACUCAUUUCCAGCCAGAAACUGAAAACCUUGAAGCUCAGCCAAAUAAAGGCAUUUGGCAAUUGAGUGUAAAACAGAUUUUAAAUUGCAUACAUGACCACUUUGGCAUACUAUAGUGGAAUUUGGUUGGUAUGUUUGUCAUGAGUCGGACCACAAAAGUCCCAAGAUUCAAUAUCCCCAAAACAUAGGAAGUCUUUGUAAUACCUCUAAUAACUGCCCUGAGCAGUACAGUAUUUGACUGUCAAGCUUCUCUUGAUUUCUGCGUUAUGUUUUCAAAGUUCUUUUUUUCUACAGUAUUAUUUGUAAAAUAAAUCACAAAAUGAAAUUCCAAGACAAAAGUACUGUUCAUGUUGGACAAAAUUCCAGUCAUACUUACAUUAUUUUAAAGAAACAUUUAUUAGGUGCUUGAAUUCAAUCCAAUACAAUCCGGUAACUUUGCAUAAUUUUGUUAAAUUCCAUCAAAGCUGUUGUGUUGGGAAGCCUUCUCCGUAUACAAUGUCAAGCUUCUCUCUCUUUGUGGUCCAUUUCAUGUUCUUAACAGACGUCCAACAUACACGUCUUCUUACUUCAUUCCUGUACCCAUUAUCUUGCACCCAAAAUCACAUGUCCAUUUGUCCUUGGAGCUGGGUGCUGCUAUGCAUUGUGAAUCUUGGACCUAUGUGUGUAUAUGUGUGUGUUUUCGCUCUUAAUAAUGUUCACUUUGUAUGAUAUUGAGCCCCAAAAUGGAGCACUGUCCAGAAAGAAAAAAAAAAAAUCACUGCAAUCAAAACAUUUGGGGUUGGGAAGGUAUUAGUGAUGCAUUUUUCCUCCAAUUGUAUCACUUUUACUGACUUUCUUUUGCACUUGAACUCUUCCAAACUAAUAGUUGAGUGGGACAUUUUAUGUCUUUCAACUCAAGAGUACUACAGCCACAUAGAAACAGAGAAAAAUAAAUACUCGUGUAUGUAGUCAUCACUCGCUAUAUUGCGGAAUCUUAAUAUUUUUACCUUUCUGCCCCCAACACCUACUUUUUAUUUGGAGUCCAUCUUUAUUUUCAUAAAAGCUUUUUUUCUACAAAAGUCAGGCUUUAGUCUCAUAAAAUCCUUUUUUUUUUUUUUUAAACAAAAGAAAAUGCACAAAACUCCCCCAAACUUGACUUUAUUCUUAAAAGAUCAACCCUUUGUCUCAAAAACAUCAAAUCAGACUUUGUUGUCAUAACAUUGGGAUUUUUAUUCCAUGAAAUGCAACUUUAUACAUACAAAAACAAAUCUAUUCGCCUAAAAUUACAACUUAAAAAAAACAACAAAAAAAACGUUUUUUUUCCUUCUCCUGUGUUGCCCUAGUACUCCUUGAGUAAUGGCUCUUACAGAAGUUUGAGUCUAAUACUUGUUGGGAUGCACCAAAUGUUUGUGUCUUAUGAUCCAUACAUCCUGUGUGAACAGGCUAAAUCUGACCAUUUUUUUCUGUUUUUGUUCUUAAAGCUGACAUUGUGAAUUUUUACAGUCCUAUUUUCAAGUACAUUUCAUACAUUGUGAAGAACAUAACAUUGCAAAUAUUCUAUUGAGAGAUAUACUUAUUGUACUGUACUUUAUACUUCCAGUGUGAAGAUGUGUAUCUGCAGUUUUUAGAGAUGUCUACUUUUUGGGAUGAAUAAAAAAACAAACAAG